AUGUUCUCGCAAGGAGGCUCACAGCGUCCACAGCGCCCAGGAACAGCAUUUUCCCGCCCAUCGACCGCUCGCCCACCGACGCGGAUGAGCAACACGACUGUCUACCGAGAAGGCGAGUAUGGAGGGAACUUUGUUAUAGCGGUUAUUGAGGGUCGGGGCGUCGCGAGAGAAGUCGGUAUCGCUGCUCUCGAUCGGGACACCGGACGAACGGUUCUUCUCCAGGUCGCUGACUGCCAAACCUAUGUCAAGACCCUGCAUCAUAUCUCCCUCCACCAGCCCACGACGCUCCUCGUGCUCGACACGGCACUCUCAGACCGGACUACAGGGCGAUAUGGAACAGGAGGAGGAGGACCGAGCCUGCUUGUACAGGCUCUGCAGGAUGAGUUUCCUGGGGCGGCUAUCGAGCCUGUGGCCAGGAAGUAUUGGAAUGAAAACGCUGGACGGGACUUUAUCAAGCAGCUGAUUGUUGAGGAUGAAGAAUGCCCAGCCACGCUGGUCGCAGUUCACGAGAAAUAUUUUGCCCUGUCUGCAGCGUGCGCCCUCUUCAAAUACAUGGAAUCGAGACGGAACGCGAUUUUUGCCAUCCAUUCUUUGAGAAUCCAAUACAUUCCGGUGGAAGGCACGAUGCUAAUUGAUGCGGAUUCUGCCAGAAACUUAGAGCUAAUCAACAAUCUGACGCACAAGAAGAGCAAUCACAGCCUAUUUGGUAUUCUGAACGACUGUUUCACUCCCAUGGCAGCGCGCAUAUUACGUGCCAAUAUUCUCGCCCCGGUUACUAAUCUGAAUGCCAUCAACCAGAGGCUUGAUGCUGUCCAAGAGCUCACCGAUAUGGAGGAUCGUUUUACCUCCAUCAAAGAGUCGCUCCGCGGGCUGAAAGGGGUUGACCUGGACAAACUUAUCACCGCGCUCAUUGUCUCCGAGGCCCGACCUACCACAAACGUGAAGAUAGCAGAGCAACGUGUGGGACAGAUGUUAACCCUUCGGACGGCGGUCCGGGCGCUCAAGGCGGUUCGAGAAGCCCUCGGCGGGUGUCGAUCCGAUUUGUUGAAAGCAGUUGAGCGAUUGAUCAACGAUGAUCGGAUUGAUCAGCUUGAUUCUCUGAUAGCUGAAGCACUGAAUGAGGAUGCGGGCAUUGCCAAAAACGGUGUGCACAACAAGAACAUGAAAGUGUACGCCGUCAAGGCCAAUUACAAUCGUCUUCUCGAUGUUGCCCGUGAGACAUACAAAGAAGACAUCACCGAGGUAUAUGCGCUUCACCAGCGGAUCUCGGAGGAGCAUGACAUGCCGCUGGAUCUACAGUGGACGGAGAACGGAUUCCACUUCACCGUCAAGAAGGAUGAGGCACCCAAUGGACGUCUGCCGAAAGGGUUUGUGGAUGUGAACGCCAAGGGCCCCAAAUGGAUGUGCUCGACUAUGGAGUUGAAAAAGUGGAACGCGCGGGUAAAGGAUGCCCUGAACGAAACAAUGCUGAUCAGCGACCAGAUCAUACAGGACGUUCUUGCAGAAGUGAUAGAAUAUGUUGCUGUCCUGUGGAAGGCGUCCGAGGCGAUUGCACUCCUUGACAUGCUCUGGGCAUUUGCGAACGCUUCCAUCAUUCGGCCUGAGUUUACGUCCACACUCGCAAUCAAAGCUGGCCGUCACCCUAUCCUAGAAGUAGUGCAACCUCCCGGCAUGUUGGUUGCGAACGACGUCUACUGCAGCGAUGGCACGAGCUUUCAGUUGGUGCAAGGUCCGAAUAUGAGCGGGAAGAGCACAUACAUCCGGCAAGUUGCAUUGCUAGUUAUCAUGGCCAUGAUUGGGUGCUUUAUUCCAGCGGAAUACGCGAGUUUCCGUCUGCAUGACGCGCUCUUGACGAGGCUGUCGAAUGACGACGAUGCUGAGCGCAAUCUGAGCACCUUUGCCCAGGAGAUGGCAACAUCCGCUAUGAUCCUUGGAAUGGCAACGGAGAACUCGUUGAUUCUGGUAGACGAGCUCGGCCGUGGCACAUCUCCUCAUGAAGGAAUAGGUAUCUGCCACGCUCUGGCCGAAGAAAUGAUCCAAUCGAAGGCUUUCGUAUUCUUCACUACGCAUUUCAACGAUCUUGGCGCGACUUUGGGGAAGCAUCCGACUGUCACGAGCCUACAUCUAGAAGUCAAUACGACCCGGCAAACGACGUCAACUGGGUUUAACAUGGUAUUCCAACACAAAAUUCGUGACGGGCCGAUGGAGGAGCAAAAUCACUAUGGUCUAGAGCUGGCGAAACUGGCUGAUCUUCCUGACGGUCUUCUGGCAACAUCUGCUCGUAUGGCGGAGCAUCUGGCUGAAAGAGAACGCGUGCGUCGUGCUAAGAGCGAAGGCGGCAAGAUCAACACUCGGCGGAAACUAUUGAUCAAAGUGAAUACUCUUUGA